AUGUGGGCCCGGAGCGGAGCACGGGGCGCGCUGCUGCUGGCGCUGCUGCUCUGCUGGGACCCAAGGCUGAGCCAAGCAGGCACGGAUUCUGGCAGCGAGGUGCUCCCCGACUCCUUCCCGUCGGCGCCGGCUGAGCCCCUGCCCCACUUCCUGCAGGAGCCCCAGGACGCCUACAUCGUGAAGAACAAGCCUGUGGAGCUGCGCUGCCGCGCCUUCCCCGCCACGCAGAUCUACUUCAAGUGCAACGGCGAGUGGGUCAGCCAGAAUGACCACGUCACGCAGGAGGGCCUGGAUGAGGCCACGGGCCUGCGGGUACGGGAGGUCCAGAUCGAGGUGUCCCGGCAGCAGGUGGAGGAGCUGUUCGGGCUGGAGGAUUACUGGUGCCAGUGCGUGGCCUGGAGCUCCGCCGGCACCACCAAGAGUCGCCGGGCCUAUGUCCGCAUCGCAUACCUGCGCAAGAACUUCGAUCAGGAGCCUCUGGGCAAGGAAGUGCCCCUGGACCAGGAGGUUCUCCUGCAGUGCCGCCCACCGGAGGGGGUGCCUGUGGCUGAGGUGGAGUGGCUAAAGAAUGAGGACGUCCUCGACCCCACCCAGGACACCAACUUCCUGCUCACCAUCGACCACAACCUCAUCAUCCGCCAGGCCCGCCUGUCGGACACGGCCAACUACACCUGUGUGGCCAAGAACAUUGUAGCCAAGCGCCGCAGCACCACCGCGACCAUCACCGUCUACGUGAACGGUGGCUGGUCCAGCUGGGCAGAGUGGUCGCCCUGCUCCAACCGCUGUGGCCGUGGCUGGCAGAAGCGCACGCGGACCUGCACCAACCCGGCCCCGCUCAAUGGAGGCGCCUUCUGUGAGGGCCAGGCCUUCCAAAAGACCGCCUGCACCACCGUGUGCCCAGUCGACGGAGCGUGGACGGAGUGGAGCAAGUGGUCGGCCUGCAGCACCGAGUGUGCCCACUGGCGCAGCCGCGAGUGCAUGGCGCCCCCGCCCCAGAACGGAGGCCGAGACUGCAGCGGGACCCUGCUCGACUCCAAGAACUGCACGGACGGGCUGUGCGUGCAGAAUAAGAAAACUCUAAGUGACCCCAAAAGCCACCUGCUGGAGGCCUCGGGGGACGUGGCGCUGUACGCAGGCCUCGUGGUGUCCGCCUUCGUGGUCGUGGGCGUCCUCAUGGUGGUGGGGGUGGUGGUGUACCGCCGUAACUGCCGGGACUUCGACACCGACAUCACUGACUCGUCCGCCGCCCUCACUGGCGGCUUCCACCCCGUCAACUUCAAGACUGCGAGGCCCAACAAUCCCCAGCUCCUGCACCCGUCGGCACCCCCGGACCUCACGGCCAGUGCUGGCAUCUACCGCGGGCCCGUGUAUGCCCUGCAGGACUCAGCCGACAAGAUCCCCAUGACCAACUCACCCCUGCUGGACCCCCUGCCCAGUCUCAAGAUCAAGGUCUACAAUUCCAGCACCACCGGCUCUGGGCCGGGCCUGCCCGAUGGGGCCGACCUGCUGGGGGUCCUGCCGCCCGGCACAUACUCUGGCGAUCUCACCCGGGAUGCCCACUUCCUGCACCUGCGCAGUGCUAGCCUCGGCCCCCAGCAGCUCCUGGGCCUGCCCCGUGACCCGGGGAGCAGCGUCAGCGGCACUUUCGGCUGCCUGGGUGGGAGGCUCAGCAUCCCGGGCACAGGGGUCAGCCUGCUGGUGCCCAAUGGAGCCAUCCCGCAGGGCAAGUUCUAUGAGAUGUACCUCCUUAUCAACAAGGCAGAGAACACCCUCCCGCUUUCAGAAGGAACCCAGACAGUAUUGAGCCCCUCGGUGACCUGUGGGCCCACGGGCCUCCUGCUGUGCCGCCCCGUCAUCCUCACGGUACCCCACUGUGCUGAAGUCAGCGCCGGUGACUGGAUCUUCCAGCUCAAAACCCAGGCCCACCAGGGCCACUGGGAGGAGGUGGUGACUCUGGACGAGGAGACCCUGAACACCCCCUGCUACUGCCAGCUGGAGGCCAGGUCCUGCCACAUCCUGUUGGACCAGCUGGGCACCUACGUGUUCACGGGUGAGUCCUACUCCCGCUCGGCUGUCAAGCGGCUCCAGCUGGCCAUCUUCGUCCCCGCCCUCUGCACCUCCCUGGAGUACAGCCUCAGGGUCUACUGCCUGGAGGACACACCCGCGGCCCUGAAGGAGGUGCUGGAGCUGGAGCGGACGCUGGGUGGCUAUCUAGUGGAGGAGCCCAAACCCCUGCUGUUUAAAGACAGUUACCACAACCUGCGCCUCUCUCUGCACGACAUCCCCCAUGCCCACUGGAGAAGCAAGCUGCUGGCCAAGUACCAGGAGAUCCCCUUCUGUCACAUCUGGAGUGGCAGCCAGAAGGCUCUGCACUGCACCUUCACCCUGGAGAGGCACAGCCUGGCCUCCACAGAGCUCACCUGCAAGAUCUGUGUGCGGCAGGUGGAAGGGGAAGGCCAGAUCUUCCAGCUGCACGCCACGCUGGCAGAGACGCCUGCCAGCUCCCUGGACGCCUUCUGCUCUGCCCCUGGCAGCACGGUCACCACCCAGCUGGGGCCCUAUGCCUUCAAGAUUCCACUGUCCAUCCGCCAAAAGAUAUGCAACAGCCUGGACGCCCCCAGCUCGCGGGGCAAUGACUGGCGGCUCUUGGCGCAGAAGCUCUCCAUGGACCGGUACCUGAACUACUUUGCCACCAAAGCAAGCCCCACGGGUGUGAUCCUGGACCUCUGGGAAGCCCUGCAGCAGGACGACGGGGACCUCAACAGCCUGGCGAGUGCCUUGGAGGGGAUGGGCAAGAGCGAGGUGCUGGUGGCCAUGGCCACUGACGGGGCCUGCUGAGCGGCCCCGGAACCACGGGCUGGGAGGGCGGGCGGGAGGCGGGCACGGGGGGGCUCGCGCAGCCUCCUGAGAGGCGGGGCGGCCUAUGCUGCCCCCCAGCUCACAGCCGGAGUCACCCUCGCCUCCUCCCCUCGCACCACUCCAGACCACGACCAGCCUUAGCAAA